AUGGUCUGGCGGGCUAUACUGUUCGUCACGGCCUUCACGGUCUUGGCCAGCGAUGGGUGGUUGGUGCCCAGAAUCAAACGACAAACCGUCGUCUCGUCAAAUGCCGAAACCAGCGGAAAUGCCGACACUAUUGAAACGGACGCAAUGGCACAGCACUACAAAACUGCCGACGGUACUGUCGGGAUGAAUGUAUCAUCAGCUGGUAACGCAACUGGCGCCAAUUCGGCUUCUAUCGAUAAUCAAGCUACUGGACAAGUCAGCGAUACUCAACUCAACGCCACCGGAAAUGUUGGGGCUACCGGAGCAAACUCCAGCUCCUACUCCGAGAUCAACGCCGCGGUUUAUGGAAAUGAUUCGUUGCUAUCGAACAGUCAACAAGGAAACGCCGUCGGAACUGGUGACACAGCCGUCCUGGCAAACGGUGGUGGCCAAAUUACGCAGGGUGGAACUGGCAGUGUUCUUGGUGGCUCGCAAAUUGGUACCGCUGGCGCAACCGGAUCCGAGAAUUCGUUGUCAGAAGUCAUUUCGCAACAGAAUUUGACGUGGAAUACGUUGCUAGCCCAACUGGUCGGAAAUGCCGUUGCUCAGGGCCUUGGAAAUGCGCAAGCGAAUAUUGAUCUCGGUUCGGGAAAUCAGGAGAAUGGAAUCGAAGUCAAUGGGCUUAUUUCUGGUUGGAAUGACAAUGGCGGCGAGAUCAAUGCUGAGACCCACGGAAAUGCCACGUUGAACAACAACAACCACGACUUGAAUGGACAAAUGUCUGGGUCCGCUACUGGUGAUGGACACAGCCACAUCGUCGGAGCCACGAAUCUGCAGAGCAAUUCGUCUGGCGUUAAUAAUACGAUCAGCAUGUUUGGCGAUGCGGAUGCUCAAACUGACCCUAACGGCCAAUCGGCCAUCGAUCUAAACUCGGACUCACACAUUAAAAAUGGGGAAGGUGGUGCCGGAAAUGUCAACCUAAAUGCCAGCGCAAUCGGUGGUAACAAGGACAUUGUCGGUCAAAAUGGGGCCAAAGUCAACGACGCUAAUGGAGGAACCUUGGCCAUCAACUAUGGUUCCGUGAAUGGAAAUGGAACGGAGAAUUCGAGCGGUUCGGUCGUGCUAAAUACCAAUUACACUGCUGACGGGGAUGCCAAGCUCGAGUCGUUGGCUGACGGCAACUCGAUCUCGACGAAUAAUCAAAACUCGUCGUUGAACGUCAACAAUCAGGCCGAUUUGAAUAAUACGAAUGGAGUGGAUAAUCACGGUCUGGCAUCGGCUGGCGGCAUCUCCAGCGGCGAGAACAGCAAUCUGACGGGCAGCGGCCAGUUGGUGAUUGAUGGUUCGGGAACGGGCGGCUCUUCCAAUAUGGAGGCAUUCGGCGGCGGGAACGGCAGCAGCGCCGCUGAGACAAAUGCCGCAUUGUCGUUGAUUGAUGGGGGAGUGCCAAGGAAUUCAUCAGUCCAAGGUUCCGUGAGCGCAACUGGUGACAAAACAUCCGUACACUCAAUUUCUACCGUAACCGAUCAAAAUGGCGUCCAAACCCUCAACAACUACCAACACGCAACCUCCAUCGCCAGCGGAUCCUCCUCAUCGAGCGCCUCCAACUACGCGGUGCUGCGAAAAAAACGCGCGGUCCGGCGCAAAACCGCCAGGCUCGGCCCGCUCUUCGACAUGCUGUUC